AUGUUAGAACUUCAAGAAGCUGCACUGAUUAUAGAUUUGUUUUGUUAAGGGUUGAAAUGGUACGGGACUGAAUAGAUCAUAUUUACCUUAGGUGUCUUAACGUAGUAGUAAAACAAGAAUGGCAUCUCGUGUAGAAGUAUUAAUUUCGGUUUUCGUCCUGUCAUUUGUUGCGGUUGAGUGCAUGCAUACAGUGCCUGAACUUAUUCCAGAAGCUUACGCGGGGAGAUGGUAUCAGGCUUACAGUAACCGAUGGGCUGAUCUGGGUAUCCAAGUCAUCGAACCAGACUGUGUGUCGGUCGAUUAUGGGAUCAUCAAUGCAACAUACGUGUCUGUCUAUAACGCCAACUGGCUUUUUGACGAGAAGCGUACAGACGACAUCAACGGCUACGCGUACAUCCCAGACCUAAAUAAACCAGGCCAGCUCAACGUCGUACUCGAAGGAGUUCCUGUCCUUUUGGAUUACUGGAUCUUCAAGCUAGGGCCAAUCAUCAAUGGCCAAUACCAAUACUCCCUGAUCACCGACGCCGAAGACUCGGCCCGACCUCUCUUCGUGCUCACCCGUGACCUGGACGUGUUCGCCGAGCUCUACGAUCAGGAAGUCCGCGAGUAUCUUCCCCUCCACGGCUACGUGGAUGGUUUCAAGGCCCCGUAUGCCACUUUUUACAACGAAAGCUGCGUUUUCCCGCCAUUAAAUCGAAAUUAAUAAUUCCAUCUGCAACUGAAAUUCAAUCGUCAGACUAAAAUUAUCUUGGAGUGCCUGAUCGGAGAUCGACAUAACUCUUCAAAAAUGACUCGGUUUGGCAGAGUUACCAACAUGACCAAAUAGUGUUAAUAUAAUGAUUCCUUCGAUAUAUUGUUUGAGUUAUUCAUUUUGACUUGAUGAUAAAAUUCUAUACUUUUCUUGGAAAAUACACCGCAAUGCUGAUUAAGUUUACCCACACUUUGCCAGAUUUGUUUUCAUUUUUAACAUACCUUUAUUUUAAUUGGAGUCAGCGAUUUUAGGGUAUUGUACACUAGAGUAUGAUUUAUUAUAUUAAACAAAUGAAAAGUAAAGUUAGAUUGAAAUAUCAUUAGCAAGUUACUGAGGUAAACUUUAUUUUUAUUGUGCAGUUAAUUAGAAGAAGUACAUAUACUUGUACCUGAAACAAAAAGGUCGUGAUAUAAUGAAAGAAUAUGAAAAUAGUUAAGUAACACAGAUUAUUGACACUAUACAAAUAAUGACCAGGAUGAUAACGGUCACAUGGUUUUUUUUUAUAAUAAAGUAUUUUCCCUAGGCAAACAUAUCUCUUAUCUGUCUCAAUUAUAAAUAUCUAUUUGAUUGUUCAUCCAAUUAUUUUAUAACUCUAGUGUCUAAUCUUUUUUUAUCUCUAUUUUAUAAUCAAUCGGACUUACACAAUAUUGCGAGUCUAAUAUUAUACACAUUGGUGCUCAAAAUUAGUGAACCCCAGCAGAUUGUGAAAAUAUUUAAAUUGUUCAAAUUCUGCCGUGUUUAAAAUAUUGAGUUGUUUGUUUAAUUGGUUAAAAUAUUAAGUUAUUCAUUUAAUUUGUUAAAAUAUUAAGUUGUUUAUUUAAAUUGUUUAAAUAUUAAACUUGUUCAAAUUCUGCCGUGUAUAAAAUAUCAAGUUGUUUAUUAAACAGAACAGAAAGUUGUAAAGUCAGGUGAUAAAAUAUUACAUUCAAUAAAGUUUGUUUCUCUGGACUAGCUGAUCAUUGUAGUGUCGUUGUCUACAUUCAACACUCAGCAUGAAGGAGUGCAUUUUAAGUCCGUCACUCUAACAAACGGUUGUUUAUUUUCAAACAAUAUUUCUUUUAUUGUUAAAACUACUUUAAACAAACUUUAGAAAUAUAUUCAAACAGUAUAUAGUUGUUAGAGUGACAGUCUUGACCACGAAGUGCUGAUAAUUUUAAACAGCGUUUAUACAGUGUACUACUGUAUGUUCCAAAAUUCUAUCACUCUAUUUUCUUGCAAACGUACAUUAGAUUAAAAAAAAAAGCUGGAAUUUUGAUACUUCUGAUUUACACAAAAACAUACAAAUUAACCCAAAUAUUUAAAUAUUUCAAUUUCGGCAUUCAUUUCUUAUUAUUAUAGCAAAUACAAUACCUCUCAACUUUGGCAAAAGGAAGCAAGUGACACAUCAGUCAGAUUUGAGUUAUUGUUGUUUCUGAAACACCCUUUGUAUGUUGCACGUUCAGGUAAAAUUUGAGAAAGAAAUGAUUGUUCUAUGGAAAGAUAUUGAAGAAAAUAUGCUGUUAAAUUGCAUUGACGCCGAUGUAAAUGACGAACACACAUAAUUGCUCAUUUACAGCAAAUUGUACUUUUGUAACUUGUUUCCUUUUGUCAAAGUAGUGCAGAAUAGGCCUUUGUGCAUUUUAAAUACCCUGUAUAUAGAGUGAGUGUUUUGCUAUGGAUCUUAGAUACUUCUUCCUUGAAAUAUCUGAAACGCAAAUUUUGCUGACCUAUAUAACCAUUUCGGAUCUAAUUACGAGAUUAAAGUCAUAGCGGUCGAUAAAUUGAGUAAAGUCUAUGUUAUCAUAAAGGAUUAACUUCUCCCAAUUUUAAAGGUAACUUGUGUUUUUUACGAGAUUGAAAAUAAAUCUGAUAUAUUUUUAGUUUAAAGUCUAUUUUCAUUUUAUCUGAACAAUAAUAAGAAAUCAAAGUAUUACACAUUAAAGAUGUGACAAAUAAAUAUCCCAUGCAUACAUGGGUUAGAUCAA